AAAAAAAUCAAUACUAUUAAGAUUAAAGAUGCUUAUCAUAAAAGCCAAUAUAUCCUUACAUUAUUCCAUGUAUUUUCCUUAAAAAAAAUUAUCAAAACCAAAUAAGAAAAAAAUCUUGUCAAUCAUUGAUAAUUACAUUAUUUCUGUUUAUCGAGUUAUGCCGGCUAGUUUCUUUCAUCGGCAUGCGGCGGGCGAAUAUGCAAAUUGAUCGUAGGAUGUGGAGUAACGCGAAGCAACACAAAGGUAAACAAUAUGGCCGACGUACGAGAUAUGUCGGUGCGCGGAAGCGGCACUGUCUAAUAAAUCAAUAUUUAAACUAUGCACAUCGUAAUGACAUAUAGACAUAUCAUUUAAAUGCGCGGAUUGAUUAAUUCCUCCGUCAGAGACAAAUUCUCUGCGUUACAAUGUCGUCGGAGAAGGUUCUUUAUCGACUAGACCAACCUCAUGGCAUAGGUAACGUUGAUAUUUCUUGGCGUCCCGGUAACAGCACGCAUCUGGCCACAGCGGGAUCCGACCGGGAUACCACCGUUGCCAUUUUCGAUAGACAAGGAGAUAUUCAAGAGCAAAUACAAAUUUCUGGACCAUGUACCGGUUUCGGCUGGGACUCAGACGGAGAUUUGUUGGCAAUAAUAUCACAAAAUUCAUCCACGAUAAUUCUAUGGGAUGCCACGACCGGGAAGAAGUCCCAAAUAGAUGCAGGUGUAAGAGAUGGGCUUACCUGUAUGAUGUGGGCGAAGAAAACUUGCCUGCUGGCGAUAGGAACGCAGAAGGGGAAUCUGGUCCUUUACGAUCAUAUAAAUGCCAAGCGGAUACCUAUUUUGGGGAAGCAUAAAAAACGCAUUUUAUGUGGCGCAUGGUCGGCAGAUGGUCUUCUUGCUUUGGCAAGUGAAGACAAAGUUCUGACUAUCAGCACAAGUGAAGGAGAUACCCGCCGAGAGAUAACUCUUCAAGGUGAUCCGUCUCAUAUAGAAUUUAGCGAGAUGAAAAUGGAUCAUAGAAUAGGCGGUGAAAAUACGGUAUCACUUAUCGUCGGCAAACAGACACUGUUUCUGUAUAACAUUCUGGAUCCAGAAAAUCCUAUCGAAUUGGCCUUUCAGAAACGUUAUGGUUUAAUUGUAACGUAUAAGUGGUACGGUGACGGUUACAUAUUGGUAGGAUUUGAGGCUGGUUUCUUUAUAGCGAUAUCGACGCAUAUAAAAGAAGUUGGUCAAGAACUAUUUCAAGUCAAGAAUCACAGAGAUACUUUGACGGACAUUGCAUUGAAUCAAAUAGUCGGAAAAGUCGCUACUUGCGGCGAUAGUACGUUGAAAAUACAUAGUCUACAGAAUCUCGAAGAAACCGAGACGCUAAUCACAAUAACCAACGAAAAUGGGAUUAGCAGUAUCGAAUGGUCAACGGAUGGAACGAUGCUGGCAGUCGUCACAUACGUUGGCAAUGUUUUAAUUUAUUUAAUAGAAAUACCGAAAUUGACGAGCGUCUGCGGCAAUAGAAUAGCAUUACUAACGAGUCUGAUGGAAGUGGCCGUACAUCUUUAUACAUUGGAUAAGGACAAACCAAAUCCGCAAAUAAUCAACACUAUAAUAGAACCGGCGAUAUUAGCGGUGGGUCCGGUACAUUUAGCGGUAGGAUUAAACAAUAGAGCGCUCUUCUGGGAUUUGUCUAUAAGUCAUUACGAUAAAAUACACUUCGAGAGGGAUUAUUUGGCUACGAUAGAUAGUAUGCGCUUGAACGAGACGUACGUUUCGGCACUAUUCGACGGGAAAUUGCAGUUGCAUUCGAUUAAAUCCGAUCAAACUCUAACAAAUGAUGGGAAGGACACAAAGAUGUUCCCAGAUUCCAAUUCUUCCCACGGCAGAAUAACUUGUCACGCUCUUUGCUCAGAUUUCCUGGUUUAUGGUAAUGACAUGGGUCAUAUUAUAUAUUUUUGCUUGGAAACGUUUUGUCAAUGUACUGAAUUUGUACAUAACAAUGGAAUAAAGGAGUUAUAUUUGGAUGCGAAUGGAGUACAAUUAUGCUUCAUUGACAAUAAAUCGGACAUUUAUGUAUUUCACCCUAUAAACGAAGCGACUAUUGCCGUGCCCGAUAGUCCUGAUAACAUUGAUGGUAUUCUCUGGGAUCAGAACAUAUUUGAACGUGCUAUAUUUGCAGUUUACAACAAAAGUGUUAUUGUAACAUACAUUUUUGUAAAAUACUUUAUUGAAGGUACCAAAGUGAUAAAAAUAAAUACGACUAAGUUGCCAUCGGACUCACUGCCUUUAUUAAUGUAUUCUGGCGAAGUAACGUUGAGUACGAUGGGUAGUAAACUGAUACAAUUAACAUUAACGUCUCACGAGGAUAUAGGAAAUAUUGUGGAAGCGAAGAAAAUUAAUGAAAUUUUAAAUAAUCAGAUUCUGUGUAGACGUUUUCAACAAGCGUGGAAUAGUUGCGAAAAAUUGAAUGAGAAAGAUGCGUGGCUAAAACUGGGACAAAGCGCUAUCGCAAAUUUAAAUAUCGAAUUUGCUAUUCGCGUAUACCGGCAAAUGGAAGAUGCUGCAAUGGUGUGGACAUUACAAAAUAUUGAAAAUAUAGACGAAUUAGCUCUGUUAUGUGGUCAUGCAUGUUUAUUACUGGGAGAUUAUAACGAAGCUGAAAAGUAUUUUCUACAAUCUUCCGAGCCUGUGCAGGCCUUAUAUCUGAGAAGAGAUUUGAUGCAAUGGGAACAAGCUUUAAGUCUAGCGCAAAAAUUAAAACCUGAUGAAAUUCCUUUUAUCGCCAGAGAGUAUGCUCAACAAUUAGAAUUUACGGGAAACUAUCCAAAAGCUUUGACAAAUUAUGAACGCGGUUUAGUUGACUAUAACACGUCUGCUUUAGCUGCACAAAAUCCUCAUCAUCGAACUCAAUGUUUAGCAGGAAUUGCAAGAAUGUCUAUAAGAUGCGGUGAUAGUAGAAAAGGCGUCGGAAUAGCUAUGGAUAAUGAAAGCUCGAGGUUAUUACGAAAAGAAUGCGCGGAGAUUUUAGAAUCUAUGAAGCAAUUUAGCGAAGCUGCGCAGUUAUAUGAGAAAGCUGAAUAUUUCGAUAAGGCUGCUUCUGCGUACAUAAAAUUGAAAAAUUGGCACAAAGUAGGACAGCUUCUACCACAAAUAUCAUCGGCGAAGAUUAAUAUACAAUAUGCUAAAGCCAAAGAGUCCGAAGGUAAAUACGAAGAAGCUGCGAAAGCAUACGAAACCGCCAAGGACUAUGAUAAUAUAAUUCGAAUUAAUCUGGAACAUUUAAACAAUCCCGCUCGUAGUGUCGAAGUUGUUCAACAAACUAAAAGUAUAGAAGGCGCAAAGAUGGUUGCCAAGUAUUUCCAAAAAAUGAACGAUUAUAAUUCAGCUAUCAAAUUCUUAAUUCUAUCGAAUUGCCAUGACGAAGCUUUUCAAUUGGCUAAUCAACAUGGCAAAAUGGAAUUGUAUGGAGAAAUCUUGGUAAACACGAUUGAUGAUACUAACGUCCGGAAAGAAGAUUUCAGAAGCCUCGCGAUGCAUUUCGAAUCUCAAAAAAACAAUCUUUUAGCUGGAAAAUAUUAUUUCCACGCAAAAGAAUAUCAAAAGGCUCUACGACAUUUAUUAAAAGCUGCGCAAUUAGUACCAGAUGAUGAUAGAGCGAUUACCUAUGCCAUAGAUGCUGUCGCAUCUUCUAAAGAUGAUAAAUUAGCUAAUCAAUUGAUAGAUUUCUUAUUAGGUGGGGACGGAUUACCGAAGNNNNCGAAAUAUCUGUUCCGAUUAUAUAUGGCUAGGAAACAAUAUAAAGAAGCGGCUAAAACAGCGAUUAUAAUUGCUAAUGAGGAACAAAUUAAUGGAAAUUAUAGAAACGCUCACGAUGUUUUAUUCGGUAUGUAUCAAGAAUUGAAAAGAAACAAGAUUACCAUUCCCUUGGAAAUGCAGACCAAUUUAAGACUUUUGCAUUCUUAUAUUCUGGUGAGAUUACACGUAAAAAGAAGCGAUCAUUUGCGAGGUGCCAGAAUGCUUAUAAGGGUAGCCAACAAUAUCUCGAAAUUUCCUUCACAUAUCGUUCCGAUAUUGACCUCGACCGUAAUCGAAUGUCAUAGAGCAGGCUUGAAAAACGCAGCUUUUAAUUUCGCCGCUAUGUUGAUGCGUCCGGAAUAUCGAGGCCAAGUCGAUGCAAAGUAUAGCAAAAAGAUCGAGGCGAUCGUUAGGAAACCACCGAGAACGAAAGAUAUCGAAAAUGAAGACGAGCCUCUGACACCUUGUCCGUACUGCAAGAGCAGAGUUCCCGAGACUGAAGUAACCUGUGAUAAGUGUAAAAACACCAUACCUUUUUGCAUUGCAACGGGACGGCAUAUUAUGGAGGAUGAUUUUACGGUAUGCCCCCGGUGUGACUUUCCGGCCAUAAGAAGUGAAUUUCUAAGAAUUAUUGAAUCCGAGGAGACUUGUCCAAUGUGCUCGGAGAGGAUUAAUUCUGAAGCCGUGUCGUCUAUCACUGAUAUUCAUCCGUACCUUGAUUAUCAGGAGGAAAAGACGAUUAUGAAGACUUAAAUAUGUAAAGAAUCAUAAUGAUUUAAACAUGUAAAAAUAAUUUUUACAUAUUUAAAUACGCUCAUUAAUGUACGAGAGGAAGCACAGCUUAAUUCACGAAAAUUAGAAAUUCAAUAGGAAAAUAGUCUAGAUGUCUACAUCCGUGCAAAUUGGAGGUGCCUUAUUAUUAUUCGUCCGAUUAUGAUAUGCAUUAGGAGGUAAUGUGGCGCCUUACAAAUUUAUAAAUAGUUACGUUCAGCAGUUUACGUUUAUUUUGGAAUUGUUGGGAGUUUUUUGUGCUGAAAUUGGAUUAUGUUUUUAGAUCUAAAGGAAUAAUUCACUCUUAGUACAGAAAAUUUUCAAUAGUUCUGCUGAAUGUGGCUACUAGCAAAUAAGAUAUUCCGGUUGACUUGAAAGUGAAGGUCAGUAUUCUCGAUAACAGUGCCGUCCACUAGAAGUACAAUUUAUUUGAGUACAAGUAGAUUAUAUAUAUAAAAUAUAUGUACAAAAAAGCCAGUGUCAUUUGCUAUGUAAAAUGCGUUUUAAUGUAGAUGAUUGCCAUAAAUAAAACAACUCAUUGAAUAUAUUCGAUGAGAUUUGCAUAAAAAAAAAA